GGAGAAAACUUUAAAAUAUCGACUGGAUCUGCUAUCUAGAUCUAGAAAUACGCCUAAAGUUUACAUUAUAGAAAAGUUCCUUUGAUAUAUAAAAUGUCACAAAAUAAUGGAUCACAGUGCUCUUUGGAGGAACGUUUCUCUCACAUUUUACAGCCUAUUCGAGAUUUGGCCAAAAACUGGGAUGUGGACAUUGCUCAUUUCCUAGAGGAAUACCUUGAAGAUCUUGAAAAAAUAGAAAUUACAUUUGAUGAUGGAAUGACAACUAUGAACUUUUCUGAAGCUGCUCUUUUGAUUCAAGGAUCUGCAGGUGUCUACGCUAAAAAGGUUGAAUACUUACAUUCUUUGGUAUAUCAAGUACUGGACCUUGUCACACAAAAAAAAAAGACAGCUAAAUCUGGUGAUGGAGAAAAUGGGGCAGAUAAUGAAGACAAUGAUGGUGGUGAUACAGAUGCACAGUUCCUUCCCCUGGAUGAUAUACCAGAUGGUGAAGGAUCCUACACAAAGGAACAGGAUAUCACAUCUAAUAAGAAUGUUCGGCCCGUUCCUGAAAUGCCAACAAGAUUAAUUCCUUUAGAGGAAGCUGAAAAAGGAGACAGUGCUCUUUUUAACAAAAAAGGAGAGUUGAUGGGAAACCACUGUGAUUUCAACAUAGACACAGCCUACAUCAGUGUUGAUGGCAGCUUAUUGCUUGAGAUGGGAGAUAACGCUUUGUUAAAUAUACCAAGGUUUCAGCCCUUCUUACACAACUUGGUUGAAGAAGAGUUUGCCGAUGGUCGAGGUGAUAGUAUGGUCUUGCCCUUACCAGAUGACCAUGAUGAUGAUGGAGAUGAAAAUCCAGUUUUAGCCAAUGAUGAUGGAGAUAUUCAGUAUAAUAAGGAGACAGCUCCAGAAGCUGAAAAUUUGGUGGACAACAUUCAAAGAAAAUCUUCACGUCAAAAAGCAACAAUAGCUAAACCACAAACAACUAAGCCAGCUUAUGAUCCGUGGUUGUUACUAGAUCCUUAUGAAAAAAGCAAAGCUGUGGAAAAACCUCUUAAGAAAAAAAAACCAUUCAAGAUCCCACCCAACUUGCAAGAUAACACAACAAAGAAAAGAAAAAAGAAGGUAGAAGUGAAGAAAAAACUUCCGCCAUUAUUUGAAGUAGUUGAGAGUCUAUAUUCACACAAGUCCAAGUUUCCAAAAAAUCCUUUAAAAGUCCCAGAGUUCCCAGAGCUUGAAGAUGCCUUUUGGAAGGAAUAUAAAGUGAGGGAAGAGCUGAUCAAACAGGAAUUAAAAACUUUAAAGAAAAAUGAACGUGAAGCAAUAGAGCAGCUAGAAGAUAAUCUGGGUGACGAUGGGGGUGAUGAAGAGGAUGUGCUGCCUCUUGCCAUACCAGAUGAUGAUAAUGAAGACGAUGACGUACCAGCGUUACAGUUAAAUCCAGAUAUUUUUGUGGAUCAUAGUAAUGCUAGGCGAUUAACCACCUAUUUAGAAGCAGGAUCUAGUUCAAACCUGUCUGAAAACAUCACCAUGAGUUAUGAGGACUUAGUUCAGAAGCAUGUGGAAAAGUUUUUAGCCAGUGCUGCGGAGUAUGCUCAGAUCACUGAAUUAUCUCGGAGAGUCUCUGAAUGGGAAGAAAAAAUAAAACCAAAAUUGGAAGAAGAGGAAAAGCAUGAGCAUUUUGACAUUCACAGAUAUGGAACAUAUCUAAUAGAACAACUUGUCAGGGGAGAGAAAAGGGCAUUUAGAGAGUUAGUCAGAGGGAAGCAAGAAUAUGAAAUUUGCCGAUAUUUAUUAGCCACAUUACAACUGGCCAAUGUGUAUAAUGUAGAGCUGACAGUGGUUCCUGAUGAAGAUGGAAAUAUAAUGGAUAGUCUGCAUGUGACGCUACUUUCUACAAAAAGACAUUUUGAAGAUCUGGAGGAAUACACAGCACCUUCAUUAAAAAACACGUAGUCUUCCGUUUAAGUCUUUUUUUGUAUUAUAUAUACAUAAAAUUGUGUAUUGUUUAAAUGUCUGCCCUGAAUUUUAUAUAAACCAUCAUAGAUUUUUUUAACACGUCCCUUUUAUAGAAAUGAAAAUACAACUCACUACAUGAUAUUUACUCUAAAUAUUUUGUUGUAUUUGCAUUUACUUAAGAAAAAUAUAUUACUUUUACAGUAAAUAUUUUAAAACAAAUCUAGGGAAAUAGAAAUAGUUAACAUAAGUUGUAACCUUUCUUCUUUACUACGAUAUGAUAGAGCUUAGCUCUAAAUUGAAAUACAUCUUAUCAGGAUACAUGUUAUAAAUAUUUUUACAUUUUUAAUGUUUGUUUCUUGUAAAUUUUUAAAUUUAAAUACAAAGUGUACAGUUUACACAUGUACAUGAAUAUUACAAGUUAUUACAAACCUUUUUAAUCAACAAAGUUUGUAUAAUUAAGUAAUAUUGCUUGUCAAAAUAUAUUUGUUUUAGAAUGAGUUUCCGUUGUAGGAAAUGUAGAGAAAUUUUUAAUCAUUUUUUAUUCUCGGGCUAAAAUUGUAAAA